AUGAUCAAGAAGGCUCUAAUAUCGAUUCCGAAGAGGAGAUUUCGGAUGAUCAAACAGAUGCAUCGGAGGCGGUUUCAGCUGAGGUAAUCGAAUCAACCUCACCUCCUCCUGUAUCUUAUGACUUUAAUUCUUCAAGUGAGACGA